AAAUACGGCUUAUUAUAAAAAAUUAACAUUAUUAAACAAUGUAUUUUACAGUAUUUUAAUACUUUAUUGUAAAGUACUGAUUGAGAGAGUUGUUCGACUUAACUUUGCAUAUAGGUUCACAGGAAUCAUUCACAAUAACACCUCAACAUACUCAACAACAAAGAGGUCUGACAAGAAUGAAAGAGAAAGGUCAACAACAAAAUGAAAUGGAGGGUGAACAUCAACACCACAAUUUCAUAACUGAAGAAAAGUGCUUACAGACUGAUGAGGAUUCACCUGAAGAAAGAGACGCAGCUAAAAUCUCUUUUUCACAAAUAGGACGUUUAAAUGUUGACAUGAACACUCACACAGGAGAAAUGCAAUACACCUGUCCUCAUUGUGAAAAGACUUGCACAAGAAAAAGCCACCUUGAGGAUCAUUUAUUAAAUCACACUGGUGAGAGGACCUUUGCGUGCCCUCAGUGUGAUAAGAGUUUUAAACGACAAAGAAAUCUUGAUGCUCACAUAGAGACUCAUACAGGAGAAAUGCAAUACACCUGUCCUCAUUGUGAAAAGACUUGCACAAGAAAAAGCCACCUUGAGGAUCAUUUAUUAAGUCACGCUGGUGAGAGGACCUUUGUUUGCCCUCAGUGUGAUAAGAGUUUUAAACGACAAAGAAAUCUUGAUGCUCACAUAGAGACUCAUACAAGAGAAAAGCAAUACAGCUGCCCUCAAUGUGAAAAGACUUACAGACGUAAAGAGGAUUUUGAGAAACAUUUAGUCGCUCACACUCGUGAGAAGCGCUUCACCUGCCCUCGGUGUAAAAAUGAAUUUUUGCGAAAAAAAGAUCUUAAUCUUCACAUAAAGACUCACGCUUUCCCUUGCCCUCAGUGUGAAAAAGGUUUUUUACGAAAGUGUAAUCUUCGUGUUCACUUAAAGGCUCACAUUAAAGAGAAACGUGAAAAAUCCCUGAAAGAACGUAAAAUGAGUCGCAUUGCCAACAGACCUUUCUCUUGCCCUCAAUGUGGAAAGAGUUUUACAUGCAGAAGAAACCUUAAUAUUCACAUAAGGAUUCAUGGUUUCAAUAGGCCUUACACCUGUCCUCAUUGUGGGAAGAGUUUAACAACAAAAACACAUUUAAAGAGUCACAUACGCAUUCACACUGGAGAGAAACCUUUCGUGUGCCCGCAGUGUGACAAGAGUUUUACACAACGAGGAGCUCUUCAGUGUCACAUACGAAUUCAUACAGGUGAGAGACCUUACUCGUGCCAUCUGUGUGAUAAGAGUUACAUACAGCCACAGGGUGUCAGACUUCAUCUGCUGUCUGCCCAUUCUAUCAAAAAACUUUAAAAGUGUUCACAUUGUGUAAAGAGUUUUAUUGAGUCUGUGACGCUGAUCAAACACAAGUGACUGUAUACUGGAGAGAAGCUGCACCGCUGUCAUUCAUGUUGGAGAAGUUUCAGACGAUCACAGAGAAAAGCGCUGUCUGUAAAGAGUGAACACAGAUCAACUUCAGUCUUUAGGUCCAAACACAUGAUGUGAAAUGAAGAUAAACCUCACGAUUGAGUUACUCCAAAAUAUAUAAAUUUUUAUGGAUUACAUCAAGUGGUGAAAAAGUCAUGGGUUCAAUACCAGGAACACACAUGCUGAUGAAAUGUACAGCUUUAAUUGUAUUGUUAAAAGUAUUGUAACUUGCUUUGAAUUAAAGCGUCAGGAAAAUGCAAUAAAAUAUAAAUGUUUUUUCAUGAUUUGUUAUUUUUUCCUGUCGGUACUAUUUCACUCAUUAAAGGUAAUUUGUUAAAUGUGGUAUUAAAAUGGUUUUUAUCUCCAUCCAAAUACUUUAAAGCUUAUUUUUUUAUGAUGGAGAUGAUGGAAAAAGAACUAAACAUUUAUGAGACAGUAUGUUUACAGCUUCAACACUAUUU